GGGCUCUGGUUUCCCCGCUGCCGCCAUGAGCAAAAGGAACCAGGUUUCGUAUGUGAAGCCGGCCGAGCCCGCCUUCCUGAGCCGCUUCAAAGAGCAAGUGGGAUACCGGGAGGGGCCCACGGUGGACACCAAGAGAGAGCAGCUUCCAACUGCUGAAGACAGUGAUGAAAGUGAAAAGGAAGAUGAACAACCACAGGUGAUUGUACUGAAAAAAGGGGAUUUGACUGCAGAAGAAGUGACGAAGGUUAAACAGGAGAUUAAAGAAGCUUCAAAAACCGCAGAUGAAGAACCUGAUCCUGCAGAUGGAAAGAUUGUUUUCAGGAAACCUCCGAAGCGUACUUCAGAAGAGAAGUAUUCUGGUUUGACAGCCAGCUCAAGUAAGAAGAAGAAGAAAGAGAUAAAGAUGAAUUCUUUAACCUCCCGAAAUACAACUAAGCAAGUGAAAAACAGCAGCUUGCUUUCGUUUGAUGAAGAAGAGAGUGAUGAUUAGGAAUUCUCAAUUUAUGUACAGUUUCACUUCCAGACAAAAAGUUGAACUGAGUGUAUCAUGGAAGCAGACACACAGAACCAGACUCCCUUAUAUCCAAGUCAAGUCAGACAUCUCUCUCUGGUUUUUUUUUUUUUUUUUUAAAUCCACAUCUAUAGUGUGAACAAAAUUCUUUCAAAAAUAAAAUCCUAACAAAUAUCAGUUUAGUAUUCUGUGUAAUUGGCACAGUGCAUGAAAUCCGUGUGUGUGUGUGUGUACGCACACACAUUUUAAAAUCGAAUUCUCCACCAAACAUUUCCUCUCUCGUUACUUUUACAAUAUUUAUGUAAUGUUCUCAAAUAAUUCACACUGUCAAAAAAUGAUGUCCAUAUGUAAAUUUCUGCCCAGUUAUUUCUGCCCAUAUGUAAAUUUCUGCCCUGAUCAGUCCAAAUUAGAAGUGUAAGGUCUGUUUACUGUGGGCUGAAAAUGUAAAUCACUGCUCUUGUAAAACUUUAUGUUGUAUUUCCAAGGGCUAAAGGGAUUGUUGGGAUUUUGAUCAUUCUGAAUAUAUUGAUUUCAAGAGAGAGACCCUGUUGUGGUGUGGCCUUUGGUGGAAAAAUGUUUGGAAGUUCAGUGUGUUCUGUAACCAAGAAUGUAUUGUGUGUUGCUACAAAACACGUAGCGGGAUUAACAAUGUAAAGCUUCAUCAAGGAGCUGAUCUGAAGUUGCUGUGUGCAACAGCUGUUUUUAGUAUAGCUGAUAUUUUAAUGCCACUAUUAAAUGACUGCAAAAUCAUUUAUUUCUGUUUUGACCACCGUUCUUCAGAAAAUAAAACUCAUUUUCUCAAUCUA